AACAAGGAAGACAAACACACACCCUUACAGAAAUUGUCUUCCAAGAGCCUCAUCCUCGAGAUAAAAAUGGAUAAGGGUUCUGAAAUUUUGGUUCCACACAAAAACUAAAAUUGUUUUCUGACAUAUAUUCUUUUUGGGGGAGAGUUUUCUGAUACAUUCAUUCAGGUCAACCUGUCGAUUUAUUUGUCGCCCAUAUUAUCCCCAUCCAUACAAUUUGUGGAUUUCCUUUUUACUGUUUUUUUUUUAAAUCCAAUCGUUCAGUGCUUCUAAUUUUUGUCCCAGAAACCUCUCCCUCCUUCUCUCUCUCUCUCUCUCUCUCUCUCUAGCUAGCAGAACAAGAAAAGAUGCAGCCAAGUGCAGAAGCUAAUAAGCGGAUUGCAAGAAUCUCAGCUCAUCUCCACCCAUCCAAUUUCCAGAUGGAGGAAGGUUCGAAUUUGAGGAGAGCGAAUUGUAGAGCAAAAGGGGGUGCUCCUGGGUUCAAAGUUGCUAUACUGGGUGCAGCUGGAGGCAUUGGACAACCCCUUGCAUUGCUAAUGAAGAUGAAUCCCCUUGUUUCUGUUCUCCAUCUGUAUGAUGUGGUCAAUGCCCCUGGUGUCACAGCUGAUGUUAGUCACAUGGACACCGGUGCCGUGGUACGUGGGUUUCUAGGGCAACCACAACUUGAGAGUGCUCUUACUGGAAUGGACCUCGUGGUUAUACCUGCUGGUGUUCCAAGGAAGCCUGGAAUGACAAGAGAUGACCUUUUCAACAUAAAUGCUGGAAUUGUCAGGACCCUUUGUGAAGGAAUCUCCAAGUGCUGCCCUAAUGCAAUUGUGAACUUGAUCAGUAAUCCGGUGAACUCUACAGUUCCAAUUGCAGCAGAGGUUUUCAAGAAAGCCGGCACUUAUGACCCAAAGCGACUUUUAGGAGUCACAAUGCUCGAUGUUGUGAGAGCCAAUACUUUUGUGGCAGAGGUUUUGGGACUUGAUCCGAGGGAAGUUGAUGUUCCGGUUGUUGGAGGUCAUGCAGGAGUAACAAUAUUGCCUCUUCUGUCACAGGUUAAGCCUCCCUGCUCAUUCACCACCGAAGAAACCAAGUAUCUCACCAACCGGAUUCAAAAUGGUGGAACAGAAGUUGUUGAGGCAAAAGCUGGGGCUGGCUCUGCAACACUUUCCAUGGCAUAUGCAGCUGCCAAAUUCGCAGAUGCCUGCCUGAGGGGCUUGAGAGGGGAUGCCGGAAUUGUGGAAUAUUCUUUUGUAGCUUCUCAGGUGACGGAACUCCCUUUCUUUGCAUCGAAAGUACGACUUGGUCGUACUGGAGCUGAAGAAAUCUACCAACUCGGACCCCUAAAUGAGUAUGAGAGGGUUGGAUUGGAGAAAGCAAAGAAAGAAUUAGAAGGCAGCAUCCAGAAGGGAGUUUCCUUCAUUAGGAAGUGAAACAAGAGAUGAGGAGAUUCUAUACAUAAUAGUUAAUACUUAUGGCUUGCUGUGGUCAUUAUUUUCACUUUUCUGAGCAAUGUCACCUAAACAAUAAAGAGUAAUUUCCACUUUUACCCCAAAAUACUGAUGGAUAAAAGUCUUCCUCUUAUUACAACACAAAUCGUUCUUGCACUUACUGUUUUGGAUUGGUGAGAAAUUGUGUAAUGAGAGGGUAUUCCUUGGAAAUUAAAUAAAUACAUAGUGUAUGCCACAUUCAGUUUAA